GUGCCUCUGCCUGGCCACUCCCCUCCAGGGCAGCCAAGGGCGCGUUCCUUGCAGCCAGAGACUGUCCAGGCCCAGGAACUGUGCAGACAGAAGCUGUGCAGCCCACCCUGGCCCGGCUGCUGGCUGUUGGGACAUCCACCACCCACACCCCCAGAAGGUUGCCAGGAGAUGCCUUAAUCCUUCAGCCUGGAUGCCUGUGCCAAAAGGGGCUGUUACACCCCCUGAGCUGAGGGAUUGCCAGCGCCAGUCAUUGCUGCCCUGGCUGCUCCUCAAGCGUUCUCGCCCCUUGCAAACCCCUUGAGGGUCUCAGCCUGACUCCAAUGCCUCAGGUGAUGGGCUGCUAUUGGCACGCUGGGUCCAGAGAUUGCGAACUAUCCAGCCUUGCAGCAAGCCGAGGGCUCUUUCCCAAGGCCACUUGCAUCCUGUAGAGCACAAGAGUAGAGUUGUGCAAAGGAUGCAGCAGCCACAGCAGUUGUGAAAGAUGGCCGGCCAUUUCCAGCUGCUCUCACCAGUCAGGUCUACCAUCCCCCUCAGCCAGCCAGCAUCCACCCUGCUGCUUCUGGGCUUGUCCACCUGUCAGGCAAAUGGGCAUCAUGAGGGACCAUAGUUUACUCUGGACACCACAACUGAGUUACUGUAAUCCAAGGACAACCCACCAUGACUGGGUUCACGUGAGACACAAAGCAGCUACAUCAUGUGUGAAUGCAAAGGGUCGGUCUGGUUGGACGUCUCUAAGCAGGCUCUGCUGAGCUGCCAAGGGUUACCUGGAUUCCCUUGGGCACAGCUCUUUGGAACUGGGAGCAGCCAUCUUGGUCCCCAAACUCACCAUCACUGCUUCGGAUGAGGACCCUUAUACCUGCCUGGGAAGAGCAAGCAGGGACUCUUCCUCCUCCUCUCCCCAAUUCACACCCCACUUCUGCCUCCACUGACCCCAAGGAUGGACCCACAGGAUAGUCUCCCCUUUGUCUUCCAAGGCUGCUGUUCAAGUUGCUCUGCGGUCCCACUCCAGUCGGCUUUUUACACGGCAUGCUUGGCCCUAGGCAAUUCUCCAGCUCAGCAUGUUUUCCACAUUCCAUUCUAAAACUGGAAGAACAUUUCAACCCAAUUUUAAAAUCUUGAGUGACAAGUUUGUUCUAUAAUUGAGAAGUCACUGGGCAAGCCCAGGAUGGACUCAGCCCUUUGGGCAAGGGGCAGCAAGUCUUCAGCUAAAAUCCAACUGGUAAAAAUUCUCGGCAAACCUGCGUGCUUAGCAAGUUCAACCUGUUGACCAUCCAAGAGUUGAGCAAUGGCUGUGUGGGAAGGGAGGAAGAGCAACCCCUGCGCAACAGCUUCUGUGGCUUUGGUGAGCCAAGAGCUGCCGGGGCUUCCCAGGGUGGAGUCAGCAAGACUCAGAGCAUCCUCUCCACCCCCACCAGGGCAGGGCCCUUGCAUCACUGCAGCCAAGUGGCAGGUGGGGGGGGGACGGAGGUAUCUCUCUUCUCCUCUUAAUACCUGGCGCAGUUUCAAACAGAGGGAGAAGCCGGAUACACCAGGGCUCAGAGGGAGUUUAGAGGCUCUGCCAAGCCACCUUUGGACUUCAAGGAAUUCAAGGCAGCAGCAUGAAACUAGCAGCUGUCUUCCCUGGGCUGGCCUCGAUGCUCCAUGCAGCAGCAGCCCUGCACAUCUGUGCCUUCAACAUCCGGAGUUUUGGAGACACCAAACUGUCAGACCAGAGCGUUUCCAAAAUUAUUGUGAAGAUCCUGUCCCGAUACGACCUUGUCCUAGUGCAAGAGGUGAGGGAUGCUGAUCUCAGCGCAGUCCAGGAACUGCUGGAGCGACUCAACAGAGCCUCCAAGCACUCUUACGACUACGUGACCAGCGAGUCGUUGGGCCGGGAGAACUACAAAGAGAUGUAUCUCUUCCUGUACAGGACACAGAGCUUCUCUCUUGUGGAUCAGGACCAGUACCCCAACCCCGACAGCACCUUCAGCAGGCCUCCGUUCAUCGUUAAGUUCGCUGCUUCUAGCUCAAAGAACGAGCUGGUGCUGGUGCCCCUUCAUACCCCUCCCAGUGAGGCUGUGGCAGAAAUCGAUGCUCUCUACGACGUCUAUCUGAAGAUCAUUGACAAGUGGCAGACUGACAACAUCAUGUUCCUGGGGGAUUUUAAUGCCGAUUGCAGCUAUGUGGGGAAGAAAGACUGGAGCUCCGUCCGUCUGCGCACCAGCGAGGUUUUCCAUUGGCUCAUCUCAGAUGACACAGACACCACCGUGGGUAACUCCGACUGUGCCUACGACAGGAUUGUGGUGAGCGGCUCGAAGCUAAGGAAGUGGAUUGUGCCCAAGUCCGCCAAAGUGUUUGACUUCCAGAGGGCAUUCAAGCUGAGCCAAGAGGAGGCUCUGGCUGUUAGUGAUCAUUUCCCCGUGGAAGUGGAGCUGACAUCCUCCUGAAGCUCUUUGUUGCCAGGCUGCUUGGCCUUACAAGGGUGGGAAGAGAGGAUACAGGGCUUCUUGCCACAGCCUCACCACUCUGCAGGCACCAGCACCACGUAUCCUGCCUUGCAAGUCACCUCUGGAUUUCCGGUGACUUGGAUUCCCACUGGGCCUUGGGUUGACUGGGAGCUGGGAUCCUGAAGGAACGGCUUCUUCAGAGUUUCUGAGCUGGAAGUGCGCUUGGACUUCUUACACAACUGCUCCAGCCUGGGCGACAGCCACCACAUCCAACAAGAGUCCCAUCUUUCCAACCCUUUUUCUGCUGGAUCUCCCCCACCUCCUUGUCCUUUCCAGCCCCUGCUAAGCCAGAGGCAAGCAAAGGACGCUGGAAAGGCUAGGAUGCCUGCUUCUCGGGCCAGGUCUCCCUCCAGACAACUGGACAGGCCUUGUCCAAAUGGGUAAGGCUGCGGUGUGGUCUUGUAACAGGCUGGAGAUAUACAGCACAAAUCCUUAGUUGGCUGCAAAAGUCUUCUGAGAACUCAGAGACCGUAACACUCAGCUUAACCUACCUCUUAACCUACAGCUUUUGGACAAACAGCGUGAUAAAAAAAAUACUAACUUAGCAAAGGAGUUGAGUUCCAUUUUUUAACAGCCGUCCAUUCAGAACACAAACUCCAAGGAAUUUCUACUCAGGGCGGGGAGUAUAGGACAGUCACCUGGUUAGCUUUAAAAGCCAUUCAAACUGCUCAAGAGAAGGCAAACUCUGCCCCCCCGAUGAGAACAAUCCCGGUCCAAAGUGUCUUGAGCAGCUCUUGAGAACAUGCAGGUCACCCCCAAAGGAGAAACUGCUUUAGAGAAUCAAUGCCUAGAUCUGGAUUCCCCCACAGACUGGAAAAAAGAGACCAGUCAAAUAGAAAAUCACACACAUAAAAAACUGGGAGAGUUUCUAGCAAUGGCCAUCCACACCAUUUUACUUACACAACCAGACACUCCAAUGGGUGCCCUGCUCCACCCCCACCCCCACCCCCAGGAGCACCUCACAGCAGCUCCAAUCCUCUGAAGCAGUUAGGCUUCUGUAGCAGAGUAGGAGGCCAUCAGUGUACAAAGGGCCAAGCUAGAAAAGGCGGCCCAGACAAAGCCCACAAAGGCAGUCAAGUGCAGGUAGUGGGGUGGCCAGAGCAGCCAUGGUAACCUUGCUUACCUGGCAAAGAUGGUUUAAAGAGAUCCAGUGGCACCCCCACCAGCAAUGAAGUAAACAGUCUCUACUGUAAGGAUUUAUUGACAACUGGCAUUCCGCCUGUUUCUUAGGAAGACCAAAAACUAAGCAUUAGCUGCCUCUCCACAACCAUUUUUAACCUGUCUAGCCACCAGCUGAGCCCUGCAGUCCAAACUCCAGCAACAAACUAAGCAAAGACCAUUAAAAUCAGACACCACACGUUCAGUCUACUGAGGACAAAAUGGGGCAACCGUGAGGCUGCCAGGGACAGCCCUCAUGCUCUGACAAGAGGAAAGGCUCAACC